AAGAAACAUAAUCUGUUCGUCUAUAUUCGAAAACCCUAAACAACACCCAUAGCCACCAAAACUCACAAAUUGAUAAUGUCAGAAGUAACAUCCAGCGUUAAAAUUUCACGAUGUGGGGAUAAAGAAUCCAAAGCUGUCCUAGGCUAUGGGCAAGUUUCUCAGGAGUGCGGUGCGAUUGAUGAGUGCUGUUGGGUUGAACGCAGAACUAUUCAGAUACAAGAUAACAUAUGGCUUGAAGGAGAUCCUGGCUUCCCAAUACUAGAACAAUGCUUCCCAAAACUAAGGACACUGGAGAAUACGGUUGACAAAAAAUACGGAUUGUGUUACACCAAGAAGAGGACACGCAACAGAAUGAUGAUGUCUGAUCUACCAGAUGAUUUGUUAGAGGCGAUACUAUGUCGCAUUGAGGCUACAUCUCUGAAACGGUUACAAUCUACUUGCAAACGAUGGAACCAUUUAAUCAACAAUAGGAGAUUCACAAUAAAACACUUGGAAAAAGCUGCAAAGCAGUCUCUGAGUCUCAUGUUGAAUGCGAAUGGGGUGUACUCGGUGAGCAUCAACCUCCCUAGAUCUUCACCUGUAGAGGUCACAGAAAAAAUUGACCUGAUCUAUCCUCAUUCAAGUUUAGAUGAACGCAUGAUCUCUGAAUACUGUCACACUGACGGCUUAUUGUUAUGCGUCUGCGUUAACGAUGUGUUUGGUUUCUCUAACAUGUCUAAUGAAGAUGCUAGGUUUGUGGUAUGGAACCCGUGUACUGGUGAAACCAAGAGCAUCCAACCCAGAUAUCCUUCCACGCUAAGCCACACCUAUUCUCUUGGAUCCUACAAAAACAAAAAAUCCAACGAUAUUAGCUACAAAAUAUUGAGCCACACGGGUUGUGGCAAAAACCAAGAAUUCGAUAUCUACGAUGUUAGCUCUAAUUCAUGGAGGACUCUCGAUGUCACUUUGGACUGCAAGUUUGAGUUCUUUAGUAACGUGUCUUUGAAGGGAAAGACUUAUUGGUUUGCAUCAGAUGAAAAAGAGAAACAGCUCGGCAUAUUCUUAGUCAGUUUUGACUAUACAACUGAAACAUUUGGACGUCUUAGUCUUCCCUAUCAGCAUCCUAGCUAUCAAACAAUGUCUCUAUCUGUUGUUGGAGAAGAGAAUCUUUCCGUGUUAUUACAACACAAAAUUUCAUCGAAGACAGAGAUUUGGGUGACAAAUAAGAUUGGUGAGACUAAAGUGGUGUCGUGGAUCAAGGUCUUAGCAGUCGAUUUAAAGCCUGGGCUUGAUACUUAUCAUUGCAUAAGUUUCUUGGUGGAUGUCGAGAAGAAAGUCCUAGUGUAUAGUGCAUUCGUGGUAGGAAAAAACGAACACGUGGAAUACAUCGUCGGGGAGGACAAUGAAGUUAGGGAAGUGGCCCUUGGAAUCGAGUAUAUUCCAUUUUUUCUGAAUUACGUUCCAAGUUUGACACAAAUCGAGCUACACGCAAACCUUUGUAUUUAGGAAUUUCGUAAUUUGUAUAUAUUUACUGGUUAUCUUCAUCAUGAAUUCCUUUUGAAUUAUUAGAGCUCUUUUCUCAGUUUCAAGCUUUUCAUAAUUCAGACAAUUAACUUGUAUGAUUUAGUUCUCUUUUCUCUUCUAGGACUAGAGUAGAGAUCUCCACUUUAAGGGAGACAGACCUAUAUUUGAAGGUUUAUCUAUCAAAUGAGAAGCCUAUAUUCCUUGAAGGCUGACGGACAAAAGAAUUGCUAGGAUGGCGCACACACUUGGUGUUAGAAUAGUUACCAUAGAGCUUACAAGACUAGACCAACAUAGUUUAACCUGGUUUACAAGACUAGACUAACAUAAAGCUUACAAGAUAAUCAAUGUUGGCAUAAACAUUUGAUCCGAAGAUGUAUGUGUUAUUAACAGUGUGGGCCACAAAACUCAGGGGAGUAAGGCCCAUACUGAAGAGCAGAGUUCGAAUUCCAUUGAAUCACCUUUAACGGUCAAAACUUCAAUGUUCAAAGCAAAAGCAAGCCUUGUGUACGGGACUGACAGCUCACGAGAUCAAGACGGCUAACAUAUUUGGUUGCCUAACGGAGUGUGCUGUCAUGUGCUGACAAA